UUCUUUUAUUGAGAGGAAGUGUGAUAAUACAAUGUCAGCUUUAAUGUUCGAAAUUGUAUAAAUCGCCAGGAAAUGCUAAAAAGCCCCCAUUCUGAGCAUUCGUAUCCUUCAGAGCAACACGAACUCUUUGCAAUCAACUUGUACAGCAAAUAUCUAUUUGGAGUAUCAUUUUAUAACGCCAGUUCCUUGCAAUAUACCCCAAUGUCUCCACUGCCUUUCGGCAUCACGUCCAAUCGCAACGAUUACGUCAUGGACCGUCUACACGCGGCGUCUUCACUUCUGUCCCUUGGGAGCAAGGGUGACCUUUCACCGAUCACCAUUGAGACUCAAGAACCCGACUUCAACAAGGCCAUCGCCUCCGUCAUCUGGUCUCGACAUCAUCAUCAGACUCCGUCGACUAUCUUCAAAUGCGGCGUCCCCAACUGUCCGCUGUGCCCUGCAGGGGAUACUUCUAGCACUAUUCUGACUGGACAGGUAGACAUUCAGCGCAGUGACCGAAAGCCAACGAAGUCGUCUCGUCGAUCAACCGUUGUUAACUGGCUGAUUUCAUCGUCGUCAUCCUCGCCAACCUCAACGGCUCCACUUAGCGGUAGCAUUAGCUACGGUCCCGUGCCUACGAACUCUCAACCACUACCAUCUUAUCUUGCCCCUUCCCAGCGAUCGUGGGCCGCUCCGGCAUCACUUACCGACUCGGUCUACUCGAACUCCGAUACCGAAGGCUCGCGAUCUUCUCCAACUAGCUCUCUCCCGUCUCCUUCGUACCUUACCGAGAUCAUCCGAUGUUCUCCGAUGGUUCCCGCUUCAACGCCGGACAUCUCCACGAUGCCUACGAAGCGUCAACGAUUGCAUGAGACAUCGAACACUUCAUUGAACCUUCCCGGUGAACGCCAGCUGUCUUUCUCCUGCAAGUUCUGUCCCAAGCGAUUCACCCAGGCCUCCAGCUGUUCGUUCCAUCAGCGAACCCACACAGGAGCUCGUCCCUUCCAAUGUCCGUCCUGUCCCAAAGCCUUCGCUCAGAGAACGUCUCUUCGUACUCAUCUACGCACUCAUACAGGAGAUCGUCCCUACUGCUGUCAGGACUGUCAACAGCGAUUCGGGGAUCUGUCGACGUUGACCAAACAUCGUCGUACUCAUACUGGGGAACGUCCCUACCGCUGUCAACAUGAAGGAUGUCAGCGAGCUUUCGCGCAGUCUGGCAACCUGAAGAGACAUUACAGGACACAUCUUCUGGACCGAAAACUGGAAAUAAUUACAGUCUGAAUG